AUGAAGACAGACGAUUUCUGCAAUUCUUGGGUUGAGCCAAGCGAGUAUCCGCGGAUACCCAACGUCUACGAACCGAUUCAAGAUGCUCAACUUUCCAGUUUCCACGAAAGCAGAGAAAAGAACCAAGCUGCCAAAAGCGACAUGAACGCUCGGAGUAGUCAUAAAUCGUCCUGGGCAAUGCAUAGUAUCCAUUCGAGCGGCGAACAAUUUGAUGAGGUACUCAUCGACGACCCUUCAAACUAUUCUGUUAUUGCGCAACUGGGGAGCAGCUACAGAAGCGACGACUUUACUGUUGGAUCCCGCUUGAGAGAAACGACCAAGGACUGGCAAUCAUCUCCUGCUCGCUCAGACUCUGCUGAGAAGAGACGUGCAAGACGAGACGCGAGCCUUGAGAAGUGGAAAGACGCAGGCGACAAGCUCUUUUGCCAAUCAGGGAGAUACCGACCAUGA